CAUAUUUUAUUAUACUGAGAUAAAAAAAUCGGUGUGUGUCCUGUCUGUUUGAGGCAGUCGUGUUCCCUUGAAUGAGUUAUUAGGCUUAAUUUGAUCUGUUUCUGUAGUUGAGACUAGCUGGGAUUAGCUGGUUAGUACUGCUGGGUUUGUGCAGAAAGAGAUGAUCCUGUUUAGUCCACAGGACUGAUAUAGCCAACACAGGCAAGUAUGUUAUUCUUUGUGUAAUUCACUAACAGACAGAAAUAAUGGUGUGUAUCUUAUACCAAAAGUGCUUUAAGAGGUUUUCAUUUUGUGUUUCAAGCUUGAGUAGCAAGAUCUGUGACCUGAAGUGUUUUCAGCAUCGCAGGAUAAAAUCAGGCUGUAAGCUGCCCUCAGUUGUGAGAGAUUCUGUGUUCUUACAGAAACGUGCCAGUCAAAACUGGACAGCUUUUGCCAGUGAUUGUCUCAUGUUUGGUGUCCCUCAGGCCUGUGCACAGCUCUGUGCUCUGGGCAAACCGUGCAGGGCUGCUUCUCCAGCAGAGACUGUGGGGAAGAGUCUGGGAGAAGGUGGAGGAGAGACUGUGGGGGUCAAAUAUGGGAAUUAUCAGGUGCAAUUUUAUUGAUUUUUGACUUUGUUCCCACUAAGAAGUGUAACUGGGAUAGAUACAGCUUUGAAGGUGGUAUCUGGCAUCAUGCAGGACAUGAGUGGUUCUACUGCAUAACAUCAGGUGAUUGCAUUCAGCUCCAUUUGAAAUACGUCAUCUAAUUACAUUCCUCCAGAUUUCUGGUGUAUUCUUAAAGCAUGGUGAGCUUUGCAAGAAAUUUAUUGUGAAAACCAGUGAGGAGUACUGACUACCAUAAAAAUAAAAGAAUGGACUUGAGUUUUAUCUGUUGUGGAUUUUUUUCUUCUUUGAUAUGUGCAGGAAACUGUUUGAAAUUAUGCCUUUAAAAAUCUUAACCUGAUGAAUCAACUGUGCUUCUGGUAGUCAUAAUGUCAUUUCACUUCCCCAUUUCACACAGUUUUCUCUUUCAUUUUUCACUCUUGGUUUGAGCUGCAAUGUCUGGGGGAAAUGUAACAACAAAAGCAGGCAUUCUUUUUCUUAAUAAAAUUUAGUGUGAUGAUAACUGACAGUAGGAUUAACAAAGAUUGCAGAGAAUUUGAUAAAUAACAGAACUUUCCCCGAAGACACGUGACUGACAAUGACUGUGCUGAAUUUUCUUCCUCUUUCUCCCAAACGACGUUCUAUACCAUUGAAUACUGAGCAAAAGAAAGUAAUUAUGUUUGGACUCUUUUUUUUCAUUCUAUUCACCCCUGGAGUCAGUGAAUUCAUUUGUACAUCAUCAGAUCUUGAUAUGUCGUAUACUUUUUGUGAUUCUACAGCUCAUGCUUUCACGUUUAAUGUGACACCUUGCAGCACGAUGGACAAAUAUGACUGGAAGGCUGCUCUUACCUGGAUUCCAAGAAGUGACAUCCACUUUUUGAAGGUUGUCUUCAAUGUCUGGUAUGAUGGGGCCAGAUCACUCACCUGGAAAGAACUCCUAUGCAGCGGAGCUGAUGAUAUAUACUCAGUGUGCGGAACGCUGAAAGGAGAAACAGUGGUAUCAGCAUUUGACAUUAAAGGCUCAAGAAUAAGGUUUCCAAAGGGCAAUUACAGUAUUGUUGUGCAAGGAUUCUCUGAUUAUUCUGAGAAUAAUACGCUCAUAUGCUUGAAUUUCACCAUGGUAGUAAAACAAGAUCCUUACUGAGUACAACAAACUUCUCAAAUAAUUCCAGAACAUGGAGGUCACUUCCGUGAGCAAUUUGAACCCAAGCUAUGAAGUAAUAUGCACAUUAAAUUUCCUGAGGCAGAAUACAUGAUGUUCUGUCUGGGAAGCUAUAUGAUGUAUAGUCUUACUCAUUUGUAGCACAGCCCUAAUCAGUUGCUCAGCUGAUGUGCACAAAAUUUCUGGGAAUCAGGCAUCCUGAUUAAUUCACAGAAUUACCCUGACUGGAUUCAGGCUGGUCCUGCAUUUCGGUGCAGUGCCUUGAGUUACAAUAAAGUUGACUCCUUCAGGCUGAGCUAAAGUAAUCAAGAAGUUUUGAACUUUUGAAGUGCAAGAAUCAGAAGUUCAUCAGUAUUCAAUUUAAAAUGACACAGCAAUUGAAUUUGGGAACCCUGCUGUGAAGUAGUGAUGGUGGGGAGGUUUG